AAGCGCUGGGGGAGCAGGCGAGGGCGAGUUGGGAGAGAGAGGGAGUGCGUCCUGCCGCCUGGCUGGCCCCCUCCAGCCCGCGGUCCUCUCUCCCUCCCUCUGUUUCUCCCUCGCUCCCUUUCUUUCCUUUCCCUCCCUACUGUCCCCUUCCCGGUGCAGCUCGGACCCGACCCGCCCCCAGGCCAUGGAGCGCUGGCCCUACGGCUGCGCGUGGCUCCUGGUGGCCGGCCGGGCGCUGCUCCAGAUGCGCCGCUCCGACCUGCGCCUGAGCCGCGCGCUGCUCGGGGCCCUGGCGCUGCUAGCCCUAUUGGACUGGCUGUGUCGCCGCCUGCUGCCCACGCUGCCCGGGGUGGCCGUGGUUGCCGGCGCGGGCUGGCUGGUGUUGUCCCGACUGGCUCGGCGGUCAAGGCUGCCCGUGGCGGGGAAGGUGGUCUUCAUCACUGGCUGUGACUCCGGCUUCGGGAAGGAGACAGCCAAAAGGCUAGACGCCAUGGGCUUCACUGUGCUGGCCACUGUGCUGGAGCCAGAGGGCAAAGGGGCCCAGGAGCUGAGGGCCUCUUGCUCCUCCCGUCUAACCCUAUUGCAGAUGGACCUGACCAAACCGGGGGACAUCAGUCGUGCCUUGGAGCUUGCCAAGACCCAAACCGCCAACUCCGGGCUUUGGGGACUAGUGAACAACGCAGGCACCAACGAAAUAGUGGCUGACGUGGAGCUGUCCCCAGUGGCCACCUUCCGCAGCUGCAUGGAGAUCAAUUUCUUCGGGGCUCUGGAGCUGACCAAGGGGCUGCUGCCACUUCUGCGGCGCUCCCGGGGCCGCAUCGUCACCGUGGGCAGCCCGGCAGGAGACAUGCCGUAUCCUUGCCUGGCGGCCUACGGGGCCUCCAAGGCGGCCAUGGCUCUGCUCAUGGACACGUUCCGCAGCGAGCUCCUUCCCUGGGGGGUGAAGGUCAGCGUCAUCCAGCCGGGCUGCUUCAAGACAGCGCCCAUGGAGGAUCCCGGCCUAUGGGAGCAGCGGAAGCGGCUGCUUGUGGCCAGCCUGCCCGGGGAGCUGCUGCAGGCCUACGGAGAGGACUACAUCGAGCACACGCACGGCCAGUUUCUGCGCACCCUGCGUUUGGCCGUGCCCGACCUGAGCCCGGUAGUGGAGGCCAUCACAGACGCGCUGCUGGCGGCUCGGCCCCACCGCCGCUACUACCCGGGCCGCGGCCUGGCGCUCAUGUACUUCAUUCACAACUACCUGCCUGAAGGGCUGCGGCGCCGCUUUCUGCAGGAGUUUUUUAUCAACCACCAGCUGCCCCGGGCCCUGCGCUGCCCGGCCCCGAACCAGAGCCAGCCCACAUCCCAGUGAAGCCUGCCUGCCUGCCCAUUACAGCGGCCAGGGCCCAACCGCUGGGGAACCACCUGCCCAGACACAUCGGGGGUCAAGGGAGAGAGUGGCGGACUUGGGCGUCAGAUCUGGGUUCAAAUCUCAGCUUUGCUCCCGACUACUGUGACCUUGGGCAAAUCCUUUCUUUCUAAGCCCAUUCCUUCUGCUAGAGGAGGUGGUUUGGAUGGAGCGAUCCCACUCGAAGCCCUUUGAUCUCCUGGCUGAGGGCGUGGGCACAGGGCACCCAGGGUAAAUCUGUUGCCUUUUCAUCCACCAAGUGGACCGAAGCUUCCACCUCAGUGGGGUCUCUAGAGCCUUCUCUCCCUCCAGAGCCCAGGGAAGAACUGUGGGGGGCUGCUGUCCCCUGAAGAGUGCCCUGAAGGGGCCCUCCCUGUGGCUGGGAUCCAAAGGGUUAUCCCAAUCCCAUCUUGGCUGGCUCAAGAGUUCGAAUCCUCCCUCAGAGCUGCAGGCUCAGCUGUCUCCUCUCUCCAUCACUUACCUGACUGUCACUUUUCAAUACAGAAGUAAACUGGAAUUUUUAUUUCUUGAA